GACUGGGUGUCAGGGUGCAUGGUGCCUCUGAUUGGAACCAUGGAGGAUGCAGAUGGCAAAGGGCUGGUCCCCAUCCGCUUUGGGGCACGAACGGUGGACCCAGUGACCGGCAUGCUGGCUCCGGUGGUUGGAGCUCGGCUAGAUGUGUGGAAGAGGACCAUAGUCCCAGUAACUGUGUCCCAGUGUCUGACUGUAGGAGACACUGCCGACAGCGUGCUGGUGGAGGCCUUGCAAAGGGAGUGCAGUGCGAGGGGUCGAUUUUGGCGACAGCAGAGAGUGAAAGAGGAAGAGCUGGUGGCAGAUUUAGAGCGUACCCUGAGGAACUGCCUCUACAUAGCCAUACAGGAGGAGUCAGACCGUCUUUUGUGGACAGACACAGAGAGGCAAGUGAACGAAGCCACAGCAGAGCUUCAGGAGGCAGCCCACACUGAGGCUCAGAGAAGAAGUGCUCAGAACUCAGAGCUCUCCCUCAUCUUGCCCGCCCACGUCCUGCUUACUCUCACUGGAGGUGAUGAGGAAGAGUGGGAGCAGCAGAGUCACUGGCACACUGAACUAACAACUGUAUUGAACAGAGUAAGCGUGUUGAUGGCGAGGCAGCAGUGGGAGCAAGAUCAACCGACAUUGUCAGAAGAGCAUCCGGAUGAGAAGACAAGACAGAAGGAGCUGUGGGAGCAAUUAAAGCAGAGACACGCUGAGCUGGAUGCUGCCCUAUCCUCAGUGCACUGGACUCGUGAGCUCAGCCAGCUCCAUGCUGACACCGCGCAGGCUAUGCUGUCAGGGUCUUUCUGGUACAGGGAUUAUUGUCAGACGCAGCCAAGAGGUGGGAGAAACCCUUUGAAAACAGCGACCAUGACUCAGCACAAAAUACUCCCUCAGCUGGAGCGCCUCAUUCAGCUGCUGGAGGACGGCAAACUCCCCAGCCCCUCCGCCAGUGCCCAGCGCCAGCAGAGCUCCGAACUGUCCGCAAAGCAGACGUUUGACCGGGACACAUGCUCUAGAGCGUGGACUGUGUCCGUCCCAGUGGCUAAAGCAGUGUCCACUCACUCACUGAAAGAUCAUGAAAAGGCCUCAGCUGUGAGUGAGCAGAACGGCUUGAAGAUGCCCUUGUCCAGCACAUCUACACAGAGAGGACAGGACAGCGGCCUAGCUGAAAGCCAAGAUAGCCAACGUCUCAAGGAACCUGGUUUUCCCCUGCACGCCAUGGUCCCCAAACUGGCAGGUGAGGACUGGACCAGGCUGCUGGAGCUCUCUCCGCUCUUCCAGCUCAUCAAAGAGGUGGACCAGCAGAUCAGAAACAGAGCAUGGAAAGUAGGCCUGCUCAACGGAGACCAAUCAGGCUCAGGGCGCCCCUUCAUUGAUUUCUUGGAUGCACAGUGGGAGUGUGAGGGAGACCUGGUUCAAGUCAGCACUGAUACCCUCAACCCUCGAGAGGUUCUGAUCUACCAGCACGGGCAGCUUCUGCUCCAGCUGCUCCACUUGCACAAAGUGGCACCAGCAGUUAAACUACAGCUUGCCUCAAGUCUUCCAGCAAACAACUACCACUCCAAUGCCUUCCGCAAUUCCUUUUACUACCAGGAGACAGAAGAGACUCUGUAUGUGCGCCAUCAGAGGCUGCAGUCUGUUGGAGGAUUUUCUCUGCUGCUCCUGCACUGUGCUGCUCACAUCUCCAUCAGCCAGCUGAGCAUCGACACCACUCCUGAGUUCCAAAGGGCCUUUUUCAAGGUGUUACAAGUGUGUCUAAGUGAGCUGUUCCGCGCUAGAUUGUCCCCCGAUUUGGCGAAAGAGAGGGUACAAAGCGGAGUGGGCACCAACUCUGUUCUUAAUAGCCUCCUGCUGGAGAGGGUGCAGAAACCUGGCCAAAGCCAAGGGAUUCUGACUGAGGAUGACGUGGCCAGGAUGUUGCAGAAGCACAGAGAGUCUUCAGUGUUCCGGCAAGUGGAGAGCCUCCUGAGAGAUAAGAAAGAGGUCAGCCCGAGCGACGGCCAGCUGCCAAUCAAACACGGCACAGACGGCCAGAACACGGCUCCAGAGUGAAAUGAUGGAUCGCUCGUGAAACAUGAGCGCUUCUGCCUUUCGCUAAAUGUGACAAGGCCAACUGUCUCAUCAAAGCUACAGCAGGUUGCCUCCUGUGAGACGGAUGGUGGCAUUAAAGUCUGGAUGAUGACUUCCUUUUGGAUCAGGUAUAUUUCACUAACUACUUUAAGACACACGUGGAAUGUUUAAGGGGGAAACUAAAGCGAAACAAAGGCUGUGUGUAUGAUUUCCUUAUGACUCAGGUGUAUUUCAGUACCUACCAAAACAUGCAUAUGUGUUCAUAUGUGUGUAGAAUGUAUAAAGAGGAACAACAAGCAAAACAAAGGUUGUAUGAAUGUAUUUGUAAAUGAAUGAAAAAGAAAAUAAUGAACAUUGUAUAUAACAAGUGCUAAUGCUGGAUUAAAAAGUACAAAAAGUUAUAAACCCAGAGUACUGAAAUACGUUUGCCUGUCUUACAUGCAACCAACAGUGUUAUUAUGCUAAAAAACAGUUUGACUGUUAAACAGCUUGACUGGAAAGCAUUCUGAAGUCAUGAAUGCUUUGAAUGUUUGACACAGUGUUAGUGUUGAAAUGAAACUUUGACAGGUUCAACUACUGAAUGCCCACUAGGCAUUGCGCAGAGAAUCAGCUCUAAAGACCUUGACGUUUUAAGCAAAAGUUUUGGGAGACACAAUCUUUUUCCUCUUCAAGAAACCUGUUGAUUUGAAGGCAAUAGGUUUUCUUAGGGCAUGGAUAGUAUGUUUGCUGCUGUAUUGUUGUUUCAAUAAAUUGG